AUGGGAACGUAUACAUUGCAAGUGCGAUUCUCCAUAUCUUUUCAGCUCCAUCCUUUUCUAAGAAACUUCCAGAUUUACAAUUUUUCUGUAAAUGAUGCUUAUUCGGAUGACAAUGGAAUUCCUACUGCCGACUUUGAUAUCAUGGACUGGGCAGUAUUUCCCAACAAAUCUGCAGCUGGGGUGGUAAUUGGGAAUAUUGGAAAAGAAGAAGUCUCUUCAGAUAUCAAGGUCUCUGUCCAUGAGAGUGCCAUCAUAUGGCCAACGUCUUUUAACCAGAAGGCCCCCUUUUCUAGGUGUACUGAAAGUUGCCUCCCAGGAUAUACCAAGCUCUUGAGGGAGGGAGAACCACUUUGCUGUUAUGACUGUUCUCCAUGCAUGGAAGGAACCAUCUCUGUGCAGGAAGAUGUAGCCCAUUGUGAAAAGUGUCCAGAUGACCACCAUUCCAACAACAAACGAGAUCUGUGUGUUCCCAAAGUUAUGACAUUUCUGUCCUACAGAGAAAACUUAGGUCUUGUUCUGGCUAUCUCUGCCCUUUUUUUGUCUCUAAUCACUGCCUCAGUUCUAGGAAUUUUUAUUAAAUAUCGAGAAACUCCCAUAGUCAAAGCCAACAACCGGGAUCUCACCUACAUUCUGCUGAUCUUUCUCCUGCUUUCCUUCUUGACUUCCCUUCUCUUCAUUGGUCAACCCAAGAAAGCGACCUGCCUUCUUCGACAAACUGCCUUCAGUGUUGUUUUCUCAGUUGCCGUGUCAUCCUUGCUGGCCAAGACUAUCAUGGUGGUGGUGGCAUUUCUGGCCACAAAGCCAGGCAGCAGGAUGAGGAAAUGGCUGGGGAAAUCUCUGGCCAAUUUCAUCAUCUUCUCCUGCUCUGGUGUUCAGGUGGGCAUCUGUUUCAUAUGGCUGGGAAUUUUUCCCCCAUUCCCAGAUUCUGACUUCUAUUCCCAAAAAGGACAGAUCCUUCUGCAAUGCAAUGAAGGUUCAGUUACAAUGUUUUACAGUGCCCUUGGCUAUAUGGGCUUUUUGUCUGCCAUCUGCUUCUUGGUGGCUUUCCUGUCCCGGAGGUUGCCAGGCUCUUUCAACGAAGCCAAGCUGAUCACCUUCAGCAUGUUGGUUUUCUGCAGUGUUUGGGUCUCCUUUGUCCCCACCUACCUGAGCACCAAAGGGAAAUACAUGGUGGCUGUGCAGAUCUUCUCCAUCUUGACUUCCAGCCUGGGCUUACUGGGCUGCAUCUUUGUCCCCAAAUGUUACAUCAUCAUUCUGAGACCUGAUUUGAACAUGAAGGAGCAUCUAAUGAUGAAAAACAACUAGAGCUCUUGAUUUUGGCAGUUAUGUUUUUAUCCAAAUUAUUGCUAAGAUAAAAUAAGAAAUUGAAAACCUUUUAUUAUUUGUUCUAAAAAUUCUUUCUUUCUCCCAUGUGAUUAAUGUUACUAUCAAUAAAUAGCCUAAGGAAGCUUAUUGAUGUUUCUUCCACCAAUUUAAAACUAUGUUAUUUGUCUUCUAAACUAUACUUCUUCAAUAUUCAUUCAGCAUACAAGUUGAAUAAACAUGGAGUAUACA